GUGCCUCGCGGAGGAAAAACUAAACAUGGGCAAAGGAGAUCCUAAGAAGCCGAGAUGCAAAAUGUCAUCAUAUGCAUUCUUUGUGCAAACUUGCCGGAAGGAGCACAAGAAGAAGCACCCGGAUGCCUCUGUCAACUUCUCAGAGUUUUCUAAGAAGUGCUCAGAGAGGUGGAAGACUAUGUCUGCUAAAAAGAAAGGGAAAUUUGAAGACAUGGCCAAGGCAGACAAGGCUCCUCAUGAAAGAGAAAGGAAAACCUACAUCCCCCCUAACGGGGAAACAAAAAAGAAGUUCAAGGAUCCCAAUGCGCCCAAGAGGCCUCCUUUGGCCUUCUUCUUGUUCUGUUCUGAGUAUCGCCCUAAAAUCAAAGGGAAACACCCCGGCCUGUCUAUUGGUGAUGUUGAGAAAGAACUGGGAGAGAUGUGGAACAACACUGCUGCAGAUGACAAGCAGCCUUAUGAAAAGAAGGCUGCUCAGCUGAAGGAAAAAUAUGAAAAGGAUAUUGCUGCCUAUCGAGCUAAAGGAAAACCUGAUACAGCCAAAAAGGGGGUUGUGAAGGCUGAAAAGAGCAAGAAAAAGAAGGAAGAGCAGGAAGAUGAGGAAGAUGAAGAGAAUGAGGAAGAAGAGAAAGAUGAAGAGGAUGAGGAUGAAGAUGAAGAGGAUGAUGAUGAAUAAGUUGGUUCUAGCACAGGUUUUUUUCUUGCCUAUAAAGCACUUAACCCCCCUGUACACAACUCCUUUUAAAGAAAAAAUAAUUGAAAUGUAAGGCUGUGUAAGAUUUGUUUUUAAACUGUACAGUGUCUUUUUUUGUAUAGUUAACACACUAUGGAAUGUGUCUUUAGAUAGCCCUGUCCUGGUGGUAUUUUCAAUAGCCACUAACCUUGCCUGGUACAGUAUGGGGGUUGUAAAUUGGCAUGGAAAUUUAAAGCAGGUUCUUGUUGGUGCACAGCACAAAUUAGUUUUACAUGGGGAUGGUAGUUUUUUCAUCUUCAGUUGUCUGACGCAGCUUAUAUGAAAUAAUUGUUGUUCUGUUAACUUAAUACCACUCUGUAAUUGCAAAAAAAAGUUGCAGCUGUUUUGUUGACAUUCUGAAUGCUUCUAAGUAAAUACAAU